AUGUCUCGUGGUCCAACGAUUAACCAGGAAGGAGACCAUGAAGACAGAGGCGUGCUGCCUUUUCCCGUAGAUCGCGAGCGCGAGGUGCGCAUUACGCUGCGGCGCCACACCACAGGCGUCGUCACCUUCGGCGAUACGGGCGAUCUGUGCACGGAGACGGAUGGUGUGGACGUGGAACUGGUACAUCAGGACGCGGUCAAGCAGCUCAUGCGUCACGGAAGCGUGCUCUUCGCGGGCGGUGUGGCCGGAAGCGUCGGCAAGACAGUCACUGCGCCGCUAAGCCGUCUUACGAUCCUCUUCCAGGUGCACAGCAUGGUCUCCACGCGGCACACCGACCGCUUUUCUCCUACCGUUAGCAGUGCCUUUACGAAGGUACUCAAGAACGAAGGUGCUCUUGCUUUCUGGAAAGGCAACGGCGCCAGUGUGCUACACCGCUUCCCGUACUCGGCUGUGAACUUUUUCACCUUUGAGAUGGUCAAGAAUGGAAUUAUUGCACAGAACCACCCUGCUUUCGCUUACAAUUCAUGGACCACUAUGUUCGUCUCGGGUGCGCUGGCCGGCGCAACAGCCACUGUGGCCUGCUAUCCGAUCGACCUCAUUCGAACGCGAUUGGCGACUCAGCUCAACACAGACAUUCGAUACACAGGCAUUCGUCAUGCCGUGCAGCGCAUUAGCGCCGAGGAAGGUGUGCUGGGACUUUACCGCGGCAUGGGCGCUACGCUCAUGGUCGCAGUCCCCAAUCUGGCCGUUAAUUUCACCUUGUACGAAUCGCUCAAGGAAUACGCGCGGUCGUUCCGCCGUAAUCAGGCGCUUUCAGGGCUGACUGGCGUUGAAAGAGAACAAGCCGCGGAGAUGUAUGACGGGGCCCAUCUGUGUGUGACGGAUACGCUUGUGUGCGGUGGCACGGCUGGUAUCGCCUCGUCACUGCUGACGUUUCCCAUUGACGUUGUGCGCCGUCGGUUGCAGAUCUCGGCGAUUCAUGCGGAGAAUGCGGGUAUCAAGCCGACACCGUCGGGUAUUGCGUCGGAACUGUUGCAUACACAGGGUAUCCGUGGGUUCUACCGUGGACUCACGCCGGAACUUAUGAAGGUUGUGCCCAUGGUUGGGAUUACUUUUGGCACGUUUGAACGGCUUAAAAAGAUGCUGACAGUGGAGGAUUAG